AAAAAAGGCUGUGGCAUCCAGUUGACAUUGAGAAGGACUUGUGUGUAUAGGGGGGAUUUUCCGAUGCUGACUUAGUUUCCAUUUCGGGUUAAGAGUCUCAUUGGGACUCGGGUCGGGUGAUUGUAGUGAACUGGUGGUGUUGCUUGUCGAUACUCAAGUUUAUCGUCCGCCGUCAUGACCCAACAACAGAAAUGGGUGUUCAUGAUUGGGCUGAUGAUGGUGAUGGACGUGACCGUGCAAGGGAGACCUCAGCCCCUUCACGUGAAACGGGGGAUCCGGCUCGUCGACCCCAAAACUCUACGCAUCAUUCCAUUCCCGACAGACCCGGUGCUACCACAACCACUUCCUGAGGUGCCAAGAGUGGUCAAAAGUCCGGUUAUGGAACCAGGGCAAGCGUCGAUUCCCAGAAAAUCCCACUCCCGCUCCUACACCUACAAUUAUAGAGUGAAUAAUCUCCAGCAGACUGGAGAUUUCAAGGUGGCAUCUGAGAGCAGAGAAGGGGACACGGUCACUGGAGGAUAUCAGAUCUUAGAGCCCGAUGGUCGCACCCUUCGCAUCGUCACCUAUCGAGUUACCCCAGAAACCGGAUUCCAGGCUGAGGUUAAGUAUAAGAAGUUAGAUUUGGGCGACCCCCGGCUCAGUCCAACGACUAACAACCACAAGAGCACAGUAGCAUUUUCUGUCGGUCGCUUUGGUCGAAGACUCCGACGUCCUACGGCGUUAAACGUGAUCGAACCAGCGACCAUGCCUCCUCCGAUGAAGACUCCCAGGUAUCUACAACAAGAAAGCCGACUUGCAAACGAAUUCUUAACCCAAGGUAAUGGGGCUGGGGAUGUGCGCAUACCGGUAAAGAGCUGGAGUGAAAGUACGACUAAAUCGAGAUCCGAAACAAGCCUGCAUCCAACAACUCCAAUACCAGUCACUGUGCCGCGAAAAAUCAGGAUUACUGCCAGUCCACAGGAGAUAACUGAGAAAGCAUGGGAAACGAAGACCAGGCAAUGGGAGGGUUUCCAACCAGCAACGAAAACAGUACCCAAGACCAUCAUAACUACUCCACCACCAAUAACAGCAACUGUCACCCAAUCAUCAACAACCACGUCCGCAACACAACCAUCAACCACCAAAGAGCCUCCAACACCCACCACAACUUUUGUCAAACCAACAACCACCCCUGCUACCAUUGAAACAAUCGUUGACUUUACUAUCAUCAAUGAAGAUACAGCAACAUCUUCAGCAGACAUAACUCCAACAAAGCAACAAGGAGGAAUGAAGACGGUGGAAGACCUGGCAAUGGAGACAACAGAUACCCCUUCAUUUCUUGAUCAAACUACAGUUGCUGAAGAGAUCCCAGAACAAGUGUCAGAAGUGGUAGAACAAAACCCAACUGAGAAUCUAGCAGAAUCUACAAUACCUCCAGAAGUAGUCUCAAAACUUCAAACGGAAGCAGAGGCUAAGGUAGAAACAACAACCAUCGUUGCUCCAUCAGAUCUCCCAACAGAAACGUCUCAACAACUUCAAUCAACCGAACAAGCAAGUGAACUACCGCCAGAUGUGACAGAAACGACUUGGGUCCCAACAGAAACAGUCACAGACACUGAACCAACAGAACUAAAACCAAUCAAUGACCAAGUCACAACUACCACCAAAAGUCAAGCGCAGGAGACAACCAUUUCGGACAUGGAGAUCACAAUGAAUAUGAAAGAGCAAGCUACCGAAACCAUUAAAGCUAAAUUAGCAACCACAGAGCAGCUGGUGCCUACGACAACGGAGAGACUUACAAAAGGAGUAGAAGGGACGACAGCACUAGAAUUGGAUUUGACAGCCCUCCUCGAGGGUAAUGCCGACGGAAUCAUCGUGUCCUGAUAGUGGAAACACUGCUUAGCAAUGCAUUUUGUGAUACAGAUGCACGGCGGUGCUGGAGAAACUCCUUUCAGUGUGAUCACCAUUCCCAUGAAAUGCUCAAGAAUGGGUCGUCAUAGAGAUCAGAUAACAAACCAGUGCCAAACAAUUCAGUUAUCAGUUGGUAAUGCAGUCAAAUAAAAGGUCAUCUCCAAAUGUAUCCUCCCG